GUCCAGGAUUCUUUCUUGACUUUUGAGGUUUACAAAGAUGAGAUCACAAUGCAGCUUGUCGACAAAGCCUGCAAAGUAUUAGGUGUUCCUGCUGACUUGGUUCUGAGAGAGUUUGGAAAGUAUUUCUUUGAAUUCUGUAAGCGCUCAGGCUAUGACCACAUGCUGAGGACACUGGGUGGAAAUCUCUAUGAGUUCAUAGAGAACCUGGAUGCAUUGCACAGCUACCUGUCCCUUUCUUACCAGGAAAUGAAUGCACCAUCUUUUAGAGUAGAAAAGAAUGAAGAUGGGUCAAUGCAUUUACACUACUAUUCAGACAGAAGAGGUCUGUGCCAUAUUGUACCAGGAAUCAUUGGUGCAGCAGCCCUGGAUUUUUUUAACAUUGAGAUUUCAAUGAAAAUAGUCAAUCAAACAGAAGAAGAGGAAAGAACUGGGAAAAAAGAACAUAUUGUUUUUCUUGUCACUCAAAACCCUGUAUUUCCAUGCAAGGAAAGAAAUGAAAUUUCUUCCUCACCUCGAUGUCUUGUUGACUCUGAAAAACAAAGUGAGAGCCAACUGAAUAAAGAGGACCUUGAAAAAGCCAAGAAUACAGUGGGAGACAGAGGAAACUCUGUCUGUCCUGUUAAGAAAAGUCACUGGAAAACAUUAAGAGGAAUAAUUGCAUUAGGAAAAGGUAAGCUCCUGAGAGGAUUUGAUCCUGUUUAUCCCAAGAGCCUCUGGAUUGACACAAAAACAUUUUGCAAUGGACUUCCUUUCCAUAUGGUUUUUGAUAAAGAGCUCAGAGUGAAGCAAGCUGGGGUGAGCAUUCAAAAGAUUGUACCUGGCGUUCAGACCAUGGGCAUCUCCUUGGAUCAGUACUUCAGGAUCGUUCACCCGGAAGUACCCUUCACCAUCUCCAGCAUCCAGAAAUUCAUCAACAGCCAAUUUGUUUUCCAGACUAGAAGAGAGAUGAUGCCAGAGUCAUGGAAACAACGGCCAAUGCUAGAGCUGAGAGGGCAGAUGAUGUGGAUGGAGUCCCUGCAGUGCAUGCUCUACCUCUGCUCGCCUUUGCUUCGCACUCUGCACGAGCUGGAGGAGCGACAGAUGCACAUUGCAGACAUCGCACCUCACGAUGUGACCAGGGAUUUGAUUCUUCUCAAUCAGCAGCGGCUGGCAGAGAUGGAGCUCUCUAACCAGCUGGAGAGGAAGAAGGAGGAACUGCGGAUACUGUCAAAGCACCUGGAGGAAGAGAAGAAGAAGACUGAAGCUCUGCUCUAUGCUAUGCUUCCCCAGCACGUGGCCAACCAGCUGAAAGAGGGGAAGCGAGUUGAGGCAGGGGAGUUCCAGGAGUGCACUAUAUUGUUCAGUGAUGUUGUGACCUUUACCAACAUCUGUGCCCAAUGUGAGCCUAUUCAGAUAGUUCUCAUGUUAAAUUCAAUGUACCUGCGAUUUGACAGACUGACCACGGUGCAUGACGUGUACAAGGUGGAGACAAUUGGAGAUGCCUAUAUGGUGGUAGGUGGGGUCCCUGUGCCUGUUCCCACUCACGCUGAGCGAGUUGCUAAUUUUGCCUUGGGGAUGAUAAUUGCAGCUAAAGGAGUACAGAACCCAGUUUCUGGAAAUCCUAUCCAAAUUCGAGUUGGGAUCCAUACAGGUCCUGUCUUGGCUGGAGUUGUUGGAGAAAAGAUGCCUCGUUAUUGCUUGUUUGGAGACACAGUGAAUAUUGCUUCCCGGAUGGAGAGCCACGGUGUGCCCAGUAAAAUACACCUGAGCUCCAGUGCCUAUCAGUGCCUAAAAUACAAGAAUUUCGAGAUUACUGAGAGAGGAGAAAUAGAAGUAAAAGGCAAAGGGAAAAUGCAUACAUACUUCCUCAUUAGAAAUAAAACUGCAACUGAGAAUGAGAUUAUGGGAAGGCCAAUGAAAGACUUAGAUUCUGGCCAUGAAUCUGUUCAAUCUUUUCAAGAAGGCAGGACUGAAACAAUACCAAGUUCUCAUCAGCCAGUUACUCAGACUCAGCCAGAGAAGGACCAGACCCCAACUAUUGCAAUGAAGUAUGUUGAUGGCCCCACAGAUGCCCAAAACAGCCUCCAAAGAAGAAAUCAAAGGAAAAUUGCAGAUUUAACAGGCAAAACUUGUGAUUCCAAAAGCGAUGGGAGUCUCCAUGGCAACCAGCAUGCAGAUGAUGGUCCCCGUCCUCUAAACCAGGGAAGAGUCAAACCUGCUGCUGAAGAGCCACAGAACAGAAAUGUUCGCUCUAAUUUUUGCACUUUACUCUAAGUUUUUUAGUUUUACAUUAAACAGAAAAAAAUGAUUAUGAUUUUCUGCAUUUUGCUGUUGUGGGACUGUUUUUUUUAUAUCAAGCACCACGUGAUUUUGUAAAAAAAAAAAAAAGAAAAAAAGAACAUUUCAUCACAGUUUUCAGUAAAAAUAAAACAGUGGAGGUUAUUUUUUUUAAACAAUCUACACGUGCUGUAUAAUACUCCCACUGGAGAAGGAAACCCUUGCAAGAUGCUUUGAAGAUGUAUUUUUCAGUUUCUGCCAUUUCUUUGAAUAUCCCCGUGUAAAAAGCACUUUUUGGUAUCUGAUGCAGCAAUCGAGAAAGAGGUGACUCAUCCGGCUAGAAAUAUUCCUACUCAAAUGAGCACUUGCCAUAAAGGAAACAUUCCCUGAAGUGACCAUCUGUCUUGACUUCAGCACAGCCAACAACUUCCCCAUGGAAGGUUAGCAGAGUUUGAUCUGCGUUUUAACUGUGAUAACAGCUUAAUCUCUUAACAGGUCUUUUGCUGGGCAAAGGAAUUAUGCAGUAGAAGUGCAGAAUAGAUCUAAUACAACCUGUAUUUUUGCAUCCUGAAAGGAAAAUAGCAUGUACUUGAUAGCAUCCAACAGUAAAAAAAAAGCAUCUGUGACCUUUGAACCAGCCGUCCAUGUGUAGGUGGGCGCAGAAGGACGUGUAAAUGGUGGAGUUAUGUAGCAUCAAAUUUGUCACAACACUGGAGGACUGCUCAAGGCCUAUGCACUAUUUGAGACCUUCAGAUGAGUUUCCAGUUUAUUACUCAUUUUGUCAAUCCAGCUAAACAAAAGUAAAGUUUCAAGACUGCAGAGGGAGCCUGUCAGUGCUGGAACUAAUGUUGCUAACGUCAUUGAGAACAACAGUGUUAAAGAUCAACAUCACUUACCUGGUGUCAGAGGCUGUUCAGCUGAAUUACUUCCAUGCUGAUAUAUUCUUAGAUUAUGCCUGAUCAGAAAUGGCAGAGAAAAAUUGAAGUUCAGCUGUCAGGGAUUUCAGACACAGGAGCAAAAAUACAAUGGAUAUAACAGCUGUGGACAAUUCAGUGCAUCAUAAAUUGUGCUCUCACUCCUAUAAAUGGAGCUUGGACUAGGUGGGUGACUUUGACAGGAGAUGCAUCCUGCACACUGAUUUAUUACCUUUGGGCUUGGAUUCCUUGUCUAAGGGUGCCAGCAUGAGACCAGUUUGAACUUUGAGCAAGAACUCACUGGAGAAGGUGGUUGCUCCUCUGUAACAGUCUGGAGCAUCAUAUUUCCACCUCUGUGUCCACGGCAAGAGCGAGGCCCUUUAAAUGCCAGAUAGAGGUAAGACUGAUGAAAGGCAUCUCCUCCUCUUUAUAGUAUAACAAGAUGAAAUUUCACCUGGUUAGUUUUGUUUUUUUUUUUUCAAAUCUCUGAGACAGUAGCUCCUUACUCUGGGUGCUCUGCAGCUCUGUCUGCAGGAGCAUACCACUAGAGGAGGAUGCGUAGAGUGAAACCAUCAGUACUGUUGUCCAAACUACAAGUAUUUCAGAGGGUUUUCUGGUGUGGUCCCAUGCACUGAAUACCUGCUAGCUGUUGGAGCACCUUAUAAGCACAUCCUCUGAUUUAGUUUCAUCCAGAAAAGAUCCUUUUUUGUGCUCUGAGACCACUCUACAAUGUGAAACAAAGUAAGGUAAGUGGGUUUGCCCAGGAAAUUCACUCAGGAGUGUAGUCCUGACUCUGACUGAAAUGCUGUUGUAGGCACACCCUCCAACAGGAGCACUUUCCACUGUACAGCUGAGCAGCACUGUUCAUGGAGAAUGCAGUUUUAUGAAUGGCAAGCUUUUUUAUUUAUUUGGAUUUUGCUAUCUGGGCAUUGUUCAUUCUUUGGCAAGGGAGAGAUCUACUGUAGGUUGAUGUUGCAUCUAAGGAUUAUAACUGUUAAGUUGGGGAUCAAGAUUUCAAGCAUUUGACUGUGUGCUACCCUCAGACACACAAUAUCUAAAUUUCACCUUCAUCCUCAGUAAGUCCUUCCCCCUGUUCAUGGAUUUGUGCUCUUGUAUUACAACCGUAGCUUUAAAAAGACUUUCCUAAAGAGAGGUAAUACCCAAUUUCUCUCUCACAAUGACACAUAUGUGAAAUAACAGUUAAAUCAACACUAUCCCAUUGAUUGAAGUCUAGAACCAUCUCUGAUGAGAGUCUUUUGUCUCCAGCCUAGAGACAUGUUUCACUACUCUUGACUAGUUGUGCCAAUGGAGUGGAGAACAUGUCAUUUAACAAAUGGCAGUGGUGGACUCCAUCAUUAUUGGCAUUCAAUAUGGAGAUAUAAAGCUACUUUAGUCCCAAGCACAAGUGUGACACAGGAGUUUACAUCUCUCAGUGUCCAGUGGUAGUCCAGGAGGGAACAUCCUGCUGUCUCAGCUGCUCUUGCAGUCCCACAUCUGCAUGGCUGAAUACCACUGACCACCUUGCUGAGAAAAGGAAUUUCUGGUCAGAAAUUGUCCAGCAAGCCUGACCAUCAGUGAGUAGAGUUUAGUAUAUAUUCUGGGGUUUAAUAUAGAUAUAUUAAACUACAGAGUAGUUUUAGGUAGAAGCUCAGAGCUCCUCUGAACUUGUAUGGAUUCUCCUGGGAAGAAGAAAGAAAAGGACCAUGGUGUAAUUGCUGCCAGCAUCUCUCUGUCUUUUAACACUCGCUUUGCUUAUACCUGCCCUUUUUGCACUGAAUCAUCUAUGGUUCAUAUUGGAAUGUUUUAAUUGCCAUUGAGUGCUCCAUGGUAAGUUACUUCAUGCUGUACUGUGGUAAAAAUGAUGUGCUAAGUGAUUUCUUUGUGGCCUCUGCUACAAUCUGGUUCUCCUGGAGAUAUAGAGCUAGGUCAAAUCUGCACAACUGCUUCUGAAAAUUAAUGUGCCUGUGUAUCAUCAUGUGUUCUUAAAUCUGUGGGCACUGCUAAAGACUGCAAAAAUAUAAUUAAAAAAUAAAUCCAUUAAUAUACCGAC